AUGAACGAAUUCCCUGAUUAAAUAGAUAUUUCAAAAUUAAGAAUCGAUUUAGGUGAGUAAUGGAACGAAACUGAAUUGGAGGUCUUUCUAAAAAGUAGAUAUCUAUUCAUUAAUAAAAUACAGUCUUUAGAUAGUAACAAUUAGCAGGAGUUGGAAGAAUGUAGGAAAUAUUAAAACAACUUGGAUAUCAAAGAACAAUCAUAAAUUUAUUGUCAAUUUAUAAAAAAGUAUAGAUAUCUAUGAAGAAUAGAAUAAAAACUUUUUAGAAUCAAAUCAAAAUUGUACAGCUCAUGAUUUGUAUUUGAUUUUAUAAGAUCAUUAUGAAUAAAAUGAGACAAUCAAUUAUGACAAAGCCUUAAUAAAGAAAAUCAAGAAAAAUUAGAAUUGUAUUAUAUUUAAAUCUAAAUAUAAGGUCGUAAGUCAAUUCCUUAAAAAUUUGAAGUGAUUGAAAAUGAAAUUGAUUUGACUUAUUAUUUUACAGCAACUUAAUGUAAUACUAAUAGAUGUAUGAGUAAAGGCUAAGAAAUUAGUUAGAACGUAUUAAUUUUAAUUUUAUCAAGUUCUGUAAAUGGAUUCAACAUGAAUAUUUCUAUUCUCAUUUAGAUUAUACAUAUUUUAGUUUAAAUGAAUUUCAAUAGAUGUUAAACAAGGCUAAUGUGUAAUUGGGUAAGAAAUCAAUUUCAGAAUGGAGAUAGAUAAAAAUGGUAUUAAAUUUAUAUAAAACAAUAUAGGCAAUUGGAUAACCAAGAAGAUUUUCAUUUUAUUUUUUAUAAUAGGAGAUGAGUAAAUUGGCAAAAUAUCGAUCAGUAAUACGAAAUUACUUAUUUGAUUAAAACUAUCCAGUUCAUAGGGAUAUUAAAAAUUUAGAUUUAAUAAGAGAUAUAGUUAGACUUGCUCCAUUUAGUAUUGGAUAAGUUGUAUAUGCUAUACAUCCAGAAUGUAAACAUGUACAUCCAGGAUAAAUUUUAUCUACUAAUUUACCAAGUAUUACAAUAAAAUUCUUAUAAACUGAAUUGGGAGUUCAUAAAAUAUUUGAUUAGAAUAUUUAAUUGUAAAUAUAUAAAGUAUAAUAUAAUAAUAGGGAGGAGAAGUUUCUAAAUAAAUAGAUGAGUGAUGAUCGAUUUGAUAUGUAAUAAUAAAUGAGUUUAAAUCUUUCAAAUGAAAAUAAAAAUACUUUGAUUUCUAGUAUUGUAUAAGAAUUUGAUUACUUUGCUGCUUCUUUUAUGAUUAGGAUUUUGUAAAGGUAUUAAAAAAUCAUCAUUUAUAAGGAAAUAUGCUCUAGUGGGUUAUUUAAAAUAACUUAAUUAAAGAUUGGAAUAGGAUCCUACUCUAAAAAAUGAUGUAGACUUUAAGGCUUAAUAUGGAUGGACUUUUUAAUAAAUAAGAAAUUUUGAUUCAGCCUCUAAACAUGUUAUGACAAAAUUUAGAAUGAGAGGUUUAAAUGGAUAUUGUAUCUAUAUUUCAAUAAUUAAAAUAUUAGCUCUUAAAUAAGUGAAUAAUAAUCUUGAUAAGGUUUUAAGUAUGCCAUUAGCCUAUAUGGAGAGAGAAUUAGAUCAAAAUAAUAGUAGAGUUGAAGAAGAGAAGAAAAAUUAAGAGAUUAAAUAAAUUAUACAUAAAUAGUAGGAUGUAUGAAAUUUUGUUACUUUUUAGGAAAAAAUCAAUUCACAAUUAAAUCAAUUAAUAAAUUCAAAAUUUUAAUUUCUAGAGAAUGAUAAUUGUAUUUGAUU